AGCUUAAUUUUAAGGAGGUUAUCAUUGGGUUGCAAGACUUCUGCAAGUGGUGCAAUUUAUAUGUGUUUUGUACAUAGUUUUAUUUAUUUUAUUUAAAUUCACAAAAAUGUCCACAAAUUACACUUGUAUCAGCUGCAGAGUAGCUUUCAUGGAUGCUGACAUUCAGAGACAACAUUAUAAAACUGAUUGGCACAGAUACAACUUGAAAAGAAAAGUAAUCAAUUUACCACCUGUCACUGCUGAAGAUUUUCAGCACAGAGUAUUACAACAACGGCAAAAAGAAGAAAAUGAGUCAAAGAGUACUUCAACUUACUGCAAGGCAUGUAGGAAAACAUUUUCUUGUAGCAAAGCUUUUGAUAAUCAUCUGAAUUCUAAAAAGCACAAAGAAGCUCUGAGCAAUUAUAUUAAUUCUGGUAAUGAUGAGAAUAUAGGUGUUGAGGCGGCUCCAGUCAACUCCAAAAAGGAAUAUGAUAAAAAAGACAAGAUGGACUGUGAUUCUGAAGAUUACUCGGAUGUGGAAGAUGUCGAUUCUGAUGAAUGGGAUGAUGUAGAGGAUGAAAAUGAGUUGGAAAUCAGUGAGGAUAAUCCUAUCUUACAGAACAAUUGCCUGUUUUGCAGUCAUCACAGUAGUUCGAUGACCAAAAAUCUUAAACAUAUGUCCGUAGAACAUUCUUUCUUUAUCCCUGAUAUCGAAUAUGCUAUAGAUUUAAGAAACUUAUUGUUGUAUCUUGGAGAAAAAGUCUGUAAGUUCUUCAUGUGUUUAUGGUGCAAUACUUCUGGGAAAGGUUUCUAUUCAAUGGAUGCUGCUCAGGCUCACAUGAGAGAUAAGGGACAUUGUAAAGUACUCCAUGAAGGCCAUACUCUUGCUGAAUUUGAGUCUUUCUACAACUAUUCCAAAAGCUAUCCUGAUUACAUUGAAGGAAUGGAUAUAGAUGAAGAGGUUAACAUUCCUGAAUUAGACUCUGGGGACUUCGAGUUAACUUUACCAUCCGGAGCAACUAUAGGCCAUCGAACAUUAUUUACCUAUUACAAGCAACAUUACGGUAAUGAGCAUGGUGUAGUGGCUAAACAGAAUAAGCUCAGUAAAGUAUUAUCAACAUAUCGUGCUCUUGGUUGGAAGGAAACAGAUAAAGAAAUUGCUGUUAGGAAAGCUAAAGACAUUAGAUAUAUGAGGGCAGUACAGUCCAAGAUGGCAAUGAGGCUAGGUGUGAAAACUAAUAAACUUCAAAAGCAUUUUAGACCACAGGUCAAUUUCUAAAUCAUCAAAUGUUCAUUUUUAUUUUUAUUUUUUUGUAAUAAAUUACAUCUCUUUCACAUUGUACCAAAUAUGAACUUUAUCAUCAGCACUGAUUCUAUUUAUAUUUAUUUUGUUGUAUAUUUCAAAAUAAUUUUAUACAGUGUUUAUAAAUAAACGUUUUAUAUGGUUUGGUAUUUUAUUAAGUUUUGUAUUAUUGGUGCUGAUUGUGGAAUGAUUAAUUAUUUAAUAAAUCAGUUUUUUCUUUCCACAAUA